UGAGAUGGUCUAUACUCUAUUUUCUAUACUAUUGUCUAUCUACUGUCUAUUUUAAUUACUAAUUAGAUAAUAUUAAAUAUUAUAUUAUUGUGGAUCGUGUACGACGAACGUCGCAUUUUAUUAUUUUUUUUGUUCGUUUACCUCAAUUUUAUUCUUUUUAUUUUUUAGAAGUAUUUUAAUUAUUAGGCAUAUUCAUUAUUAUAUCAUUGCUAUAUUUUUAAAUACAUAAUAUAUCUAUAAUAUAAACGUUUUUCUUUGCUCUGUAUUUAUCUUUGACUAGUCGCCAUAUAAAUUAUAUUACAUUAUAUUACAAUUAUAUUACAAUAAAACAUAAAAGUUACAUAUACCUAUAUAUCUGUUGGCAAUCAAGUUUCUCGCUCCAUAACACCGGACAUUUGUCUUCCAAGAUGGCCGGAUUAAAAGUUUGAUGAGUUUGGCUUUCGCUGGUUCCAUUGGUAUGACUUUAGUCAUAUUAGCAUGUGCAUUGCCAGAUUUAAAUUCUUGGUGGCCAUUCAUAGUAGUGAUAUUUUACCUGCUGGCACCAUUACCGACCAUGCUGAUGAAACGGUUCAAUGAUUACUCAGGGUCCGGUAACGCCAAUAUGGAUUUAGCUGUAUUUAUUACAAUGGGUAUAGUGGUGUCUUCAUUUGCAUUGCCUAUAAUAAUGGCCAGAGUUAAUGCAAUUGCAUGGACAGCCUGUAAUUUUACAUUGUGUGGGAACAUUGUUGUGUAUUUGACAUUUAUAGGGUUUUUCUUAACUUUAUAUCAAGAAGAUACUGAUUAUAGUUUAUGUCAGUAUCCUGAAAACAGAAUGCAACUUACUAGAUGGAUCAAAGGAUUGCUAAUUACCUAUACUUUUUGAUAGAAACUUUUUUUAUUUUAUUUUAAACUAUUUUAAAGUAUUUUUUAACUUAACUAUUAUACAUUAUUAUGAUAAUUUUAAACUUAAGAUUGUACUGAGAUAAGUAAUAUAUUUUUAAUGAUACAUUGGUUUGAGUUCAUAUAAUUAUAUUGGUUUUUAUGUGAACCUGUAUUAAACAAAAUAAAUGAUGUUUUUUUAUUGUACUUUGGUUUUUAAAUUGUAAAAGAUCAAGGCAAUAUACAUUAUAAUUUUUAACAUAUUGUUGUUGGUACUCAGUAAUAUAGUUAUUGAAAGUCUACGCAAUUACCACACAUUAUACGUGGACUAUUGUUUUUAAGAGUUCACUAUUUAUUUCAUUAUUGUCAAUGAAUUUUGAAUUACAAAUGUGUGUACUGUGAACAUUGUAUAUUAUAUUUUUAUUUAUAAGAUAUUAUUUUUAGUUUAACUGUUUUCUUAUAGUUUUGAAUUACUGAUAUAGUUAAUUUAUUAUUAUUAUUAUUAUGAUUUUAUAAAUAUUUUUCUUUCAUAUUAUAAAACGUUUUUAACAGUUGUUGUUAAUUUGAAAUAUUUAAGUUUUAUACUUUAUGUAUGUGUAUUAGAAUAUAGGAAUUUAAGGACCAAUGUAAAAUAUAACACCAUAGAAUAUUUUAUGGAAGAAUACUAAAUGAAAAUUUUUAACACUAAUCAAUUUGCAAAAGCAGUUCAGUUCUUAAGUAUACAUUUAUCAAUCCUGUUCUAUAAAAAAAUAUGUAAAUAUUUCUAAUAACCAGUUUUGAUUUUUUUCAUUGAAUAUUUGAAUUUUUUUUUAAAAUAUAUUAUGCCAUGUUUAAUGUGCACUAUAUGUUUUUAAAUUAUAGAAAAUUCAGCAUUGAAA